AUGACUGCCGACAUCCGUUCACCGGACGUCGUCACAGCGCCAUGUUUCCCGACAAAUCCUGAUAUUCACAAACUUGGGCAAGGAAAGCAGCAUGUCUUGGCACAUGAGAUCGGUCAGGGAUCAUUAUGUCGCAAAUGUGACUGUUCUGGACUCGAUCUGCACUUCUGGAGGAAACUAUGCAAAAAUUGUGGUUGUCGCAUGGAUGAACACGACGUGCAACUACCGAACCGUUCUGAUCACGGUCAAAUCAUUAUUGGACGAUUGUUCCAUGCAAAAGAUCAUUUCGAGACCAAGCUAGCUGAAUCGCUUAAACUUCCGGCUAUCGGUGAACAGUCGUCGUUGCACAGCUCAACUUCUUCCGACUCAUCAUCGCAUAAAGUCGGCCCACAUCGGAGAACGUCGUUUGUCGAGGAUCGAACACUUCCGACGGCUGCUUAUAAUUUUAAGUUGGAGAACGAUAAAGGCACCAACAAGACAGUAACCGAGUACAGCUGGGUUCCGGUGCCGGAUAAAUCGCUAGUCGAACGCUACAUGCAGGCGCUUCCCGAACACGAACGCCCAAUUGUCGGCUCAAUUGGUGAACAAAAUCGCAAAUCUCGACUACAAUAUCAGUUACCACUCUAUGAUUGCAACGUUGAAGAUGCCAGAUUCGCCGUUGAGAAGGAUAAGGAGGUGCUACGCCGAUUUGUGGAGAAUGUUCGCAAGCAUGUGAUAGGAGUCGGUCAAGUGAAGGAAGUGACAUCGAGAAGAGGUGCUCCUCGAUCGGAAACCGGUGAACUCGAUGAUCUUACACAUGAUAUCGACGAAAUCUCUUUAGGAACUGUGAAGUGCAAAUCAUGUGCGGCCACGAUUCCAGUUGGUGACGUUGGUAUCAAAACGGAUCACGGAUCGAAGAGCCUGAUCUUCGCUCGCGAAUACACAUUUGCUGAGGAGAAAUCGUGGCACUUUGAUCAUUUUGCGUGCUUCAAGUGCGAUUUUCGACUCGGUGGUCACCGUUACAUGACGAAGAACGAUCAACCGCAUUGUAUCGACUGCUACAUGAAGUACUUCGCCAGGAGCUGUGACACAUGUGGAGAGAAAAUUGGAGCUGACGAAAAGCGUCUGAACUAUCAGGACUAUCACUGGCAUGCCAAGAGGGAAUGCUUCCAUUGUCGUCAAUGUGAUAUGGAUUUGAUCGGAAAGAAAUUCUUAUUCAAAGAUCGUAAUCUGUUUUGUUCAUCACAGUGUAAAGCGGCGUAUCGCAACAAAUUAUUAUAG